GAUCAAGUCGAAGUAGUUCUACAGUUGUAAUGUCGUUAUCGAACAUGGAUACAAUUCCUUUUCGAGCUCCCUCACUGAUAGCCGCUCUUGGUUCAAAUAAGUUCUUGACCGAAUCAAGCCGCGUUCUACUGCUUCAAGAGAAUCGCCUUCAAGUGCUCGAAAUAAGUGCAAGUACUAUGUGUGUAGUGUCUGCGCUCGGGAUCGUGCUGAACAACGAGGUACCACCCUUAGGUAUCGAGAUCCUACCUGGAGAUGCUAGUGCAUGGCUGCCAGAAGGUUCAAAUGAGAGACCAUUCCUCUUCGAGGAAAGGAACCUAGGUAUACCGAGCAAGGUUCUAUACCGGGCAUAUUUAGAGGCAGUCCACAUCUUCGCCGAAGCACGAAGAACAUGGCAUCCUAUAAGCGAGUCAAAUAAGACUGCUCUCAUCCAUUCCUCAUCAGUCAUCCUGUUGGCGAAUCCCGCACAUCAGACUGCGUUGAACGCCAGGAAACGAUUCGUCUUGUCGAAGUCUCUCCAUGCCGAGGUUGACCUUUGUUUCAACACUGCAUUGCUUUCUCUCCCCGAUGCUUCGAAGCAAUCCAUCGUUUGGCAUCACCGCCGCUGGUUACUUCGUAGACUGCGGAAUCCUACCUCCCCCUUACUAGAGGCGCAUGAGGACACGCUCGAUGUCAUCAAUUUCAGCGUUGAAGACCUCCGCCAAGAGUUUUCAAUCGCAUCUCGCGCCAGUGAAGUAUAUCCCCGCAAUUACUUCGCAUGGACUCAUAGAUACUUAUGCAUGCAUUCCCUGCUCUCCACGUUGCGCCAUCAGCCUUCUUCCUCCCUUUUACCUUCUCAUCAUGAUCUGAACGCUUUACUCAUGGAAGAGUGUGGUUGGAUCAAGACCUGGAUCGACCGCCAUAUUUCUGACUAUACGGCUAUGCAAUAUGCGUGUCAGAUAUUCUCUAUAGCGGCUGGAAUGGGGAAAAAUAACUUGUCAUGGGCUUCACCUCCUCCCGACAUGUCUCCUGACGCGCUGUUAGACAUCCAGGGCUUGAGGACACAUGCUCAAUCUCUUCUACACACCUACCCGGAACGCGAAUCGUUAUGGAUGUAUUUUCGGGACACUUUCCAGAUGACAGGAUCCCCGCAAGAGCGUUUGGAUGCUAGAAGCGUUGUCUGGGGUCUCGUAGAUUUCAUUCGAGAGCUGUUGGAUACCAGUGCCGCGGACUCGGGACAGGGCACAUCGGCACUCGACAAAUACGACUCCAUUAACCUCCACGUCUGCCGGUUCCUGGCCUGGCUGGCACGGCAGUCUCAUGCGAUAGACAUGCGCCCUCAAAAUCCACUCGAUAUUCUCAGAGGGCGCUGCGACUACAAUGCUCUCCUAGACACUCUCCUGACUCCCUUACCACAACGAAGAUCGACGGACAUCAUACCCCAAAUGAAAUGACAAUUCCCUGUGUAUACAGUACAGAAGAGUACAGAGCGCUGUGAAGAUGGAACAUGGUACAAUAGACUGUGGACCCCCAUGUACAAACCACUGAAGAAAACUUAAGUUUUGGUGUAAUGUAUGCACAAAGCCGCUAGUGUAAGAAUUGCUAGGAGCAUAGAAUAAAAACUUAAAGCGACCCUAAGUCAGUUGAGAGUGAGAUCCUGGUUCCGGGCAGGCACGAGACAGCGAGAAAAACAAACGAUCAUUAGGGUUCAGGUUCCAACAGAUGU